AUGGCUAAGUUGUCAUUAACUAUUAACAAUGUUGAUGAUAAUUUUAAGCGAAAGAUUAAGAAGGCAAAAUUUGAAGGUGUUGAGGAUCUGAAACUUAAAAACAGAAAACUUACCAUUUCGUAUAACCCGAAGGUUAUGGAUUCUUAUGGUGUAAUUGAACGUAUUAAACAUUUAGAUAUUAAUGGUGACAUUUUAAAGGAUGAUACUGAUAUAAGUAGUAAAAAAGGAAACAGUUUUAUUUUUUCAAUGUAUAAGGAAGAAAUAGAAGAAGAAAAUGUUGUUAAGAAGACGAAUAUAUUUGAUAAUAAUGAGAAUAUGCAAAAUAUACAUAAUAAUAUGGAUAAUAAUGAUAAUAAUAAUAAUUUAUAUGGUGUAAAUGAUAGAGAUAAUUACGAUAAAAUGAAUUAUAAUGAUAAUAAUGAAGAUAACAAUUUUAAUCAGAUAUACGAUAUAAAUAAUAGGGUUAAUAAUUAUUCUUAUCCAAAUGGUGAAGAUCUUUAUGAACAACUUGAUAAUGCCUAUGAUAAUAAAAAUUAUGAAGAAAAUUAUCAAAAUUAUGAAGUGAGUUCUCAAAAUUAUAAAGAGAAUUAUCAAAGUUAUCAAGUGAGUUCACAAACGUAUAAAGAUAAUUAUCAAAAUUAUAAAGAUAAUUAUCAAAAUUAUAAGGAGAAUUAUCAAAAUUAUAAAGAUAAUUAUCAAAAUCAUGAUGAGAAUUAUAAACCCCAUGGGGAGGAUUAUCAAAAUUGUAAUGUGUCUGAAAAAAAUGAAAAUAUAAAUUCCAAUUAUAAUAGCACAAAUAAUAAAGGAGAUUUAUAUGAUAUCAAUUAUUAUCCUAAUCAAGUCGAAAAAGUUGAAGAAUCAGAGGGUGUAGAAGAAAAUAGGAAAAGUAGUAAAUUUAGUGUUUUAAAUUUAUUUAAUAAUAUUAAAAAAGCGAAGGAUAAAAAAAAAAUGAAGAAGGAAGUGAAAAAAGAUUAUUUAAAUGAAGAUUAUAAUAAUUUAGAUAAGAGUAUUUUAUUAUCUAAUGAUAUGUAUAAGGAUGUCCAGAAUAAAACUUAUAAUAAUAGUAAUGAUAUCUAUAAUAGUAAUAAUAAUUAUUAUUAUGAUUAUAAUGAAGAUAAGUUGAAGAAAAAGAAUUUCAAUUUCAGAGACUAUGAAAGUUAUAGAGAUAAACAAAAUAUUUACAUUUGUGAAUUAAAAAUUUAUAAUAUGACUUGUGAUAAUUGUGGAAAGAAAAUUAUAAACUUCUUAAAAGAUAAGAAAUUAAUUUUAGAAGGAAAUAGUUAUGCUACAGAAAAUAAAAUAAAAUUAAAAAUAGAUAUAUCAUCUGAUAUUAUACCCUGUAAUAAUAAUGUAAAAAUGUUUGUUAAUACAAUUAUGAAUGAAAUAAAAGAAAGUGGAUUUAAUAAUGAUUUAUUAGAUCUUUAUAAAGAUGAUAAGAAUCGUUGUAAUUUAUCUGAAAUAACAUUAUAUAUAUACAGAGAUGAUAUAAUAAAAUCAUAUACGUUAUUAAAAGAUAUUAAAGGUAUUAGUAAUGUAGAAUAUGAUUUAAAGAAAGAAUAUAUUUACUUUUUAUAUGAUCCUGAACUUGUUGGAAUACGUUAUAUUUUAGAAAUUUUAAAAAAAAAAAAAAACGUUGAUGCUUAUUAUGAUGAAGAUAAAGAAAAAUAUUUUAGAAGUAGUCAAAAUAAUGAAACAAAUAAUACUUGGAAAUUAAUCGAAUUGUCUAUUUGUAUUUUUAUAAGUAUUAUAAUUAUUGUUUUAAAUAAUUACCAAAUGAAUAUGGGAUCUAUGAAUAGUUUUUAUUCUUAUACAAAAAAUAUUUUCAAUAAUAGUAAUAAAAUUAAUAAGGAUAAUAUCAAGCAUCCUUCUAUUUAUAACAAUAUAGGAAAAGGUACUAUUGUUGAUCAACCAACAUUAGAUAUAUAUUUUGAAAAGGUAAAAAAUCAAGAGAUGUUAAAUGAAUAUAUUAAUAAAAAUAGACGUCGUGAUGGAAAAGGAACAUUUUUUAUUAAUUCAAAUUUUAAAUUUAAUAAGAAAAAUAAGGAUUCUGAUGUAAAUAGAAAAUUAGUAAAUGAUAAUAUAAAGAAAGGGCAAAUUUUAAGUGAUAAAGAAGAUCAGAGUAUGGAAUAUAAUAAUACUGUCAAUAUGGUAAGUGAACAGGUAAAUACAAGUCAUUAUAAUAAUCAAGAAGAUCAUAAGGACUAUCCAUUAGAUAAUGGGAAUAAUGUGUCUAAAUAUAUAGAACAUACAAAUUCAGAAAAUAUGAGAAAGAAUUAUUUAUUGAAUGAAAAAGAUGAUGAUGAUGAUAAUAAUAAAGAACAAAAUCUUAAUAAUAAUAAUUGCAAAAAGGAUAAUUUUAAUAAUGGCUACAAUAAGGAUGAUUAUUAUGAUGAGGAACAUUAUGAUCUUAUCCCCAUUGAUGAUUUCAAACAAAACGAUAUAUCAGAAAAACACCCAGAUAAUAAAAAAGGUGAUAAUACAAAAAAUGCAUAUUCUCGUUUUAGGAAACAUGAUAAUACUAAUAUAAAGAACAAGAAUAAUAUGAAUGACUCCGAUGGAAAUAAAGAAGAUAAUAAUAUAGAUGGUAUAUAUAUUCUUAAACAAAAGGAUAAUAAAAGACAAGUUAUUAAAGGUGAUGAGGAAAAUAAAGAUAAUUUUACAUUGAAAGGAGAAGAAAGGAAUGAUGAAAAGGUUGAAACUGAAAUGAGUGAUAAUUUUUUGAAUAAUGAGGAAAAGUCAGAUAAUAAAAAUUCAAAUGAAAAAAAUGAUAAGUAUUAUAAUUAUUUGAAAAAAAAAGAAAAGAAGCAUGACAGUUCAAAUGAUGAGUAUAAUACAAAUGAUAAAUUUUUGGAGAAAAAGGAAAGAAAAGAGGAAAAUAAUGAAAAUUCAGAAAAUAUGGAAAGUGUUGGCAUAUUGAAGAAGAAGGAAAAUAAUGUAGAUUCAGAAAAUAAGGAAAGCGCUAGCCUACUGAAGAAGAAUGAUGAGAAAGUUAUUGAAAACACAAAUGACGCAAAUAAUAUUGGUGAUAUUGUUUUGAAGAAAAGGGAAAAGAAUGAGGAAAAUAAUGAAAAUUCAGAAAAUAUGGAAAAUGUUAGCUUAUUGAAGAAGAAAGAAAAUGAAGAUAAUGAAAACACAAAUGACGUAAAUAAUGUUGGUGAUAUUAUUUUGAAGAAAAAGCAAAGGAAGGAUGAUAUUAAGGAAAAUGGAGAAAAUAUGGAAAGCGCUAGCUUAUUGAAGAAGAAGGAAAAGAAAGAUGAUAAUAAGGAAAAUGGAGAAAAUAUGGAAGGCGCUAGUUUAUUGAAGAAGAAGGAAAAGAAAGAUAAUGAAAAUAUGAAUGACGAAAAUAAUGUGGGUGAUAUGGUUUUGAAGAAAAAGGAAAAGAAAGAUGAUAAUAAGGAAAAUGGAGAAAAUGUGGAAGGUGCUAGCUUAUUGAAGAAGAAGGAAAAGAAAGAUAAUGAAAAUACAAAUGACGCAAAUAAUGUUGGUGAUAUUGUUUUGAAGAAAAAGGAAAGAAAGGAGGAAAAUAAUGAAGAUGAAGAAAAUAAAGAUAAUAAAAAUACAAAUGAAGGAAAUAAUGAAAAUGAUCAUUUUUUGAAUAAAAAAGAAAAGAAGAAUGAUAAUAAUGAAGAUUCAGAAAAUAUGGAAAGCGCUAGCUUAUUAAAGAAGAAGGAAAAGAAAGAUAAUGAAAAUAUGAAUGACGAAAAUAAUGAGAGUGAUCAUUUUUUGAAGAAAAAGGAAGAGGUAUAUAAUAACAGUCCAAAUGAAAAAAAUGAAGAGAAUGAAAAUUUUCUAAGAAAAAAGGAAAAUGCUGAUAAUAAAAAUACAAAUAGCCAAGAUAAGCAAAAUGUUAUUUUGGUAAAAAACAAAAAAAAGAAGGACGAUAAAAAUUCCAAGGAAGAAAAUGAUGAAAGUGAUAAUUUUCUGAAGAAGAAAGUAAAAACAGAAGAUAAAAAUACAAAUGAUCAACUUAAGCAAGAUGAUAUUUUUUUAAAAAAUAAACAAAAUGAGCAUGUCAAAAGUUCACAUGGUCAAGAUAACCAAAAUGAUGAUACAUUUUUGAAGAAAAAAAAAAUAAAAGAUGAGAAUGAUAAUUCUAAAGAGGGAGAAAAUGUUAGUGUGCUAAUGUUAUGUAAAAAAGAAGAUGGAAAUAAAGCCACAAAUAAAAAGUGUGAUACAAAUAAUUCAAAUGAUACUAUAGAUGAAGGAAAACUUCUGGUGAGUAAAGAAGGAGACGAUAAGGAUAAUCACGACGUUAAACAUAGUAAGAAUGAACAAAAUGAAAAUAACUCAUAUGACGAAACAGAAGAAGAUAAUUGUUUGAUGAAGAAGAAAAAAAAAAAAGAUGAAAACAAUACGAAGGAUGAAAAAGAAAAUAUAGAUGUGAGGAAAAAUAAGAAUAUUGAAAUAAACAAUGAAGAAAAUAAUGAUACAUAUAAAAAUGAAAAAAAUUUUAUGAAUAAAAAUAAUACUUAUAAUAACUCACAUAAAAAUGAAGAAAAUGAAGAAUCUCAUUUUUCUUUUAAUACGUUAUUUUACAAAUUAGCUAAUUAUAGUAUUUAUUUAGAUAUGGACAAAAAAAUUGUUCAAAGUUCAUCAUUAAGAUUAUUUUUUAUUUUUGUAUUAAGUUCUUUUAUAUAUAUAUAUUAUGGAUUUAGUUUUGUCAUGAAUGGAUAUAAGAAUUUAAAGAAUAAUAUGAUUAAUAUGAAUGUUUUAAUUUCAAUUAGUUCCUCUUUUUCAUAUUUUUAUUCUUUAUUACUUUUAUUAUUUUGUUUAAUUUUUUCAAUUGAUAUAAAUGGUAUUCCUUUAUAUUUUGAUUCAUCAGCAUUGUUGAUCUGUAUUAUGAAAUUUGGGUGUGAAAUAGAAAACUUUCUAGUUAGUUUUUCCAAAAAAAAAAUGGAGGAUUUAUAUGAAAGUACGGCAAAAAAUGUAUAUAUAUUAGAGAAAAAAAAUAGAUAUAAUCAAGAGGAGGAAGGCAAAUUUAAUAGUAAUAUAAAAAUAAAAAGUAUGUCUAAUAUAAGUAAGGUAUAUGGGAAAGACAAUAAUAGCAAUAGUAUAAUAGCAAAUAAUCAAAUAAAUAGUAAUGAUAUUCUUCAAUCUGUAGGAAAAGAAAAUAUAAAAGUUGAUACUUUAAAAAGUAAUUUAUCCUUUUCAACUAGUUCCUUUUUUCUAUCAAACCAAUUUUUAUAUGAAGAUGAAGAAAUAAAUAAAAUUUUAUCAGACGAUAUGGAUAUAAAUAUAAAUGAUUAUAAUAUAAAUAGUUACCCUGUUCAGUUUAUUCAAAAAAACGAUAUAUUAAUAUUUUAUGAAGGGGCAACAUUAUUAAUUGAUGGUAUUAAAAUUAAUAAAGGAAUUUCUUGUGUUGAUGAAAAUAUGAUAAGUGGUGAAAAAAAUGCUAUUAAAAAAUAUAAAGGAGACAAAGUAUAUGCAGGUUCAAAAUGUGUUGAAGGAGUGGUAAUUAUAUAUGUUAAAGAUAUAUCUAAAGGAAAUUAUAUUGAAUAUGUAAAAAAAACAUUAGAUGAAAUAAAUUGUAAGAAAACUAAUUUACAAUUAUAUGCAGAUAAAAUAGCUAGUAUUUUUAUACCUUUCAUCUUAAUAUUAUGUAUUGUUGUAUUUUUCAUUUGGUUUAUUUUAACUUUCUUUGAUAUAGUAAAUAUAAGAAAAGAGAAUUAUUUUAAAUUAAAUCGUUUUCUUUCAUGUGUUUUUUUUUCUGUACAUUUUUCAUUAUCUAUAUUAUGUGUGGCAUGUCCAUGUGCAGUUGGUUUGGCUAGUCCUUUAUCUAUAGCUAUAAGUUCUUAUAUAUGUAGUAGUAUUGGAAUAAUUAUAAAGAAUAUUAAUAUUUUUGAAAUUUUCUUAGAAUGUAAGCAUUUUAUAUUUGAUAAAACAGGAACAUUAACAGUAGGAAAACCAGUUGUAAAUAAAAUAUAUAUUUCAAAUAAUAUUGAUUUGUUUAUUGAUCAGUUAUUAAAAAAUAAAUCGAGAAAUAAUUUAUCUGUAAGUUUUAAUGAUAACAAAAAUUCAAAUAUGCCCGCCUUGGAUCGUGUAAAAAAUGAUGAGAAAAAAGCAAAAAAGAUGAAUAAUAAUAUGAAAGAAAAUCUAAAUAAUUUAUAUAGCACAGUUUAUUCCAUAAAUGAUCAACCAUCAAAUGGUUAUCAUAGAUAUGUGGAUAAUUUGGAUGAACAAGGAUUAGAAGUAGACAAAAAUAUGAUGAAAAAUAACACAUUAAAUUUUGUUGAAAAAUUUUCAUGUUCUAAUAAAAAUGUGAGCUUUUACUCUUUCACUACGGAAAAGGAAUAUUUCAAAAUAGAAAUUAAAAAAACAUCAAGAAAUAAAGAUAAAGUUAAGAAAAAAAAAAAAAAUAUAAAAAAUGAAACAAGAAAUAAUUAUGAUGGAAGCUCUUUAAAUGGAUAUAAAAAUUAUGAAGAUGAUCAAAAUGAUAAAAAUGUUUCCAAUAGUUGUAUGAAUGAAAACAAAUCCAUUUUAAAUAGCAUAGUUUCAUUUAUUACAGACAAUAAUAAAAAAAAUAAAUAUAACAAAAUAUUAGAUAAUACCUUAAAGGAACAUUUUAUUAAUAACUCAGAUAAUUAUUUUUCAUCAAAUGAUGAUUCAUAUUAUAGUGAAACUACUAGUAAUGAAAAUGAGUAUAACAAAUAUAAUAAUAUACGAGGAUCAAAUAAUAUAAUGGAUGGAAAUGAUAAUUUAGAAAAUAUGUCUUCACCUUUAGAAGAAGAAAAUUCAUAUAUGGAAAAAAGUAGUAAUUGGCUAUAUCUCUUUUUAAGCUUAAGUUUAAAUAUUGAAAAAUAUAGUAAUCAUUUAUUUGCUACUUCUAUUAAUACAUAUAUAAAUAAUAAUUUUUCUAUUAAUGAAGUAUUUGAUGUUAAUAAUUUAAAGAAUGAAAAGAAUCAAGGAAUUAGUUGUAUAAUAAAUGAUCUAACAAUAACUAUUGGUACUUUAUUUUUUUGUUAUACUAAAUAUAAAAAUAUAUAUUGUAAUAAAGUACCAAUUGUCGAAGAAAAAUUAACAGUUAAAAGUAUGGAAAGACAUAUAUAUUCAUGUGAUUGUAAUGUUCAUAAAACAUAUCAAUAUUUAUAUAGCUAUUCGAAUAGUAAAAAAAAUGAAAGUAAUAACAUAAUUUUUAUGUGUAUUGAAGGAAUUGUCGUUGGAUUUUAUACUCUAGUAGACAACAUUAAACCUGAGGUUUUUGAGCUAAUCAAUUUCUUGAAGAGAGAGAAGAAAAAUGUAUAUGUCUGUACAGGUGACAAUUAUAUGAAUGCUCUUUAUAUAUCUAAAAUAUUAGGUAUAAGAAAGGAAAACGUAUCUUCUAAUACAUUACCUUUAGAAAAGGUUCAAUUUGUGAAGAAAGUUCAAUCAAUGAAUGACGGAAAAGUUUGUAUGAUUGGAGAUGGAAUAAAUGACUGCUUUGCCUUAAAAACGGCUGACCUAGGUUUAUCCUUAUGUACUAGAACUAAUGUUGUUAUGGAUAGUGCUGAUGCAUGUAUUGUUGAUAAUAAUAUAAAUGUGAUAAUAAAAUUAUUUGAAAUAAGUAGAAAAACCUUAUUAGUAAUAAAAUUUAAUUUCCUCUUUUCUUUUUUUAUUAAUAUAUUUUUUAUAUUAUUGGCUAGUGGAGCUUUUUAUUCUUUGAAUUAUGUUUUUUCUCCUUUCCUUUUUACAUUCCUAAUGUUUUGUAGUUCCAUAAUAGUUAUAUUAUCAUCACUUUCAUUAAAAUUGCUUCUCAAGGAUAUAUGA